UUUUAGUAUUGAAAUUAUCUUAUUUUUAACUGCUUAGUCAGUUCCUGUUAUCGUCAAUCACCUACAAUUUUUUUUGAGCGAGAUUCGCCAGAUCCAGGCUCUCCGUGCAGCUAUGGAAAGUCGAGUUCGCUCGAGUUACGGUGGGCCUAUUUGUUUGCUUAUUUUUUUUGUGUUUUCUGGAACCUCCAUGGCAAGCAUUCAGAGUAUCGGCCAGAUUUCUCCAGGGUUUCAAGGGUCUCAGAUGACUUUUAUUGAUAACAAUGGAAUGUUUCUGUUAUCCAACAACUCGGAAUUUGCUUUCGGCUUCUUCACUACACAAGACGUCACUUUGUUUCUGUUAGUUGUUCAACACAUCGGUAGUACAAAGGUAGUCUGGACUGCGAACAGAGGAUCCCCAAUUGGAAAUUCUGAUAAUUUCAUGUUUGCAGACAAUGGGAAUGCUUAUUUGCAAAGCGGAGGGCGUGUGGUUUGGUCUACAGAUACUGGAGGAAAGGGAGUAACUUCUAUGGAGCUGAAAGACUCGGGAAAUUUGGUCUUGCUAGGGAAAGAUGGUAAACCACUUUGGCAGAGUUUCAGCCAUCCCACUGAUACACUUUUGUCUGGUCAAGAUUUCUUUGAGGGAAUGAAGCUUGUAAGUGACCCCAGCCCUAAUAACUUGACUUGUUAUCUUGAAAUCAAUUAUGGAGAUUUGAUUCUCUACGCAGGCUUCCCAACUCCACAGCCUUAUUGGUCUAUGUCAAAGGAGAGACGUAAAACCAUUAACAAGGUUGGUGGAGAGGUCACAUCUGUAACUCUGAGUUCCAAUUCAUGGAAGUUCUAUGAUAAAAAUCAAGCUCUUCUCUGGCAGUUUAUCUUCUCGCAAGAUACUAAUCCAAACAACACAUGGGCUGCAGUGUUAAACUCCCAGGGAUUGAUCUCAUUCUACAAUCUCGGGAAUGAUGGGUCGACUGUUGCAGAGCCUAUGGUGAUACCUCAAGAUUCUUGCAGCACGCCUGAGCCUUGCGAUCCAUAUUAUGUUUGUUACAGUGACAACCGGUGCCAGUGCCCUGCUGUUCUUAACUCCCAACCUAAUUGUGCACCUGGGAUUGAAUCUCCAUGUAGUUCAAAGUCAAACGGUUCAUUGGAACUUGUAAAUGCCGGGGAUAGUCUUGACUAUUUUGCACUUGGGUACAUCCCAUCAUUCUCCAGGUCUGAUCUAAGUGGUUGCAAAAAUGCGUGCCUUAGUAACUGCUCUUGCCUUGCUUUGUUUUUUGAUAAUAGUGCAGAGCAAUGCUUCUUAUUUGAUCAGAUAGGAAGCUUACAGCAAUCUGGUCAGGGUUCCACAGGGUAUAUUUCAUACAUUAAGGUUCUGAGAGAUGGAAACCAAGGGCAAAAAUCAGGAGGCAAGGGAAGCAACAGCAGCCAGAAACACUUUCCCAUCAUCAUGGCUAUUGCUGUUGUGACAAUACUAGCUAUUUCUGGUAUACUUUAUUUGGGAUUCCAGUACCACAAGAAGAAGACAAGUGUACCAGAGAGCCCCAAAGGUUCAUCAGAAGAGGACAUGUUUUUGGAGAAUUUAUCUGGUGCACCCAUUCGGUUCAGUUACAAUGAUCUUCAAACUGCUACUAAUGACUUCUCUGUAAAACUUGGUCACGGUGGGUUUGGCUCAGUAUACCAAGGAAUGCUUCCUGAUGGGACUCGAAUAGCUGUGAAGAAAUUGGAGGGCAUUGGUCAGGGGAAGAAAGAAUUCCGAGCUGAAGUUAGCAUCAUCGGCAGCAUCCAUCAUAUCCAUUUGGUCAGGCUCAAAGGCUUUUGUGCUGAGGGAACUCACCGGCUUCUUGUAUAUGAAUACAUGGCAAAAGGGUCUUUGGACAGAUGGAUCUUCCCGAAGGAUAGAGAAGAUCAUAUGUUGGACUGGGAAACGAGGUUCAAUAUUGCUCUGGGCAUGGCUAAAGGACUAGCUUAUCUCCAUGAGGACUGUGAUGUGAAGAUUAUCCAUUGUGAUAUAAAGCCUGAAAAUGUGCUUCUUGAUGAUAAUUAUUUUGCGAAGGUCUCAGAUUUUGGUUUGGCUAAGCUGAUGACUAGGGAACAGAGCCAUGUGUUCACCACACUAAGAGGUACCAGGGGUUAUCUAGCACCGGAGUGGAUUACAAACUAUGCUAUAUCGGAGAAGAGUGAUGUAUACAGCUUUGGUAUGGUCUUGCUUGAGAUAAUUGGCGGAAGGAAGAAUUUUGAUCCAGCAGAGACUUCGGAGAAAGCUCAUUUCCCCUCUUAUGCUUUCAAGAUGAUGGAAGAAGGGAGUACCAAAGAAAUCCUUGAUUCAAAGCUGAACACUCACAAAGAUGAUAGAAGUGUGAUCACAGCAAUUAAGGUUGCUUUGUGGUGUAUACAGGAAGACAUGUACUUGCGACCAUCUAUGACUAAAGUGGUCCAAAUGCUUGAAGGUCUCUCUCCUGUUCCUCAACCACCAACCUCCUCUCAGAUGGGAUCCCGUCUUUACUCAAGUCUUUUUAAGUCGAUCAGUGACGAGGGUACUUCAUCAGGACCCUCAGAUUCCAACAGCGAUGCCUAUCUCUCAGCUGUACGCCUGUCAGGGCCCAGAUAGCACAAACUGUUUACACAAAUAGAGGUGCUGCCUUCAAAACUCGGAUCCUUCAAAGAUGAAUCACCACAUCUGUAAAGUUUUCAAAUGCAUUCCUUGCUUUGUCAUCAAUUUUAAAGAAUACUUUGUCAAGAUAGGAGUGUAAAAGAACCCCAUUAUGUUUGCUUGUGUGGGGAAG